AUGCGGAGCUCUUCGCCUUACUUAGUGCGCCAGAACGGAGGCAGGCGUUACGAGCUCGCGAUUGGGAACUCAGCGUCGUGGUCGCGGUCGCGGUCAGCGCGUGGGGCGACGGACAGGUGGGAUGUACCCAUGCAUCAGCUCUCGCUGCGGUCCGUGCGCAUUAUCGCACUCACUGAGAGGCGUAACAUCAUCGUCGACUUCAAGCGCUACGCGCUGCGCACCAAGAAGAUUAAUGGCGCGUUGGUCAACUACAACGUCUGGUGA